AAUGGGUCAACAACAAUCCAAGGAUGAGCUGCUGCACCAGUAUGUAACUUGUGCUAAUGUCGAAGGAAUCAAAGCUCUCCACAGAGAAGGUGCAGGGCUGGAGUGGAUUGAUAAAGAAAUGAACACACCUUUGAUUACAGCUUGCAUCAGUUUCGAACUGUACAAUGUUGCCAUGACUUUGAUUGAAUUGGGCGCUAACGUAAAUGCUUAUCGUCCAGGACGUCAUGCUGGAACACCAUUGCAUCACGCAGCAAAACAAGGGCUUGAGCAGACUGUCAAGCUACUUGUUAAUCAUGGAGCAAAUGCGCUAUUGAUGAAUGACGAUUUCCAAACGCCUGUUGAUGUUGCUAGAACCAAUGGGAACAACAAUGUAGUGCGUGCAAUUGAGAACCAUAUCUGCUUAUUCUCUGGUUGGCUGAGGGAGGAAGUCUCUAGUCCUGAAUUUCAUCAAGUCUUUGCCCCUCGGCUUCCUUCUAGAAGAGUUUGGGUUGUUGUAGUACCAAUUGGCUCUCGCAAUCUUGCAAAUACUUCUAAGUUGGAGCUUGCCAUUUAUUCAAGUGUUCUGGACGCAAAUCCUAGGACUCUCAUUGCAUUGUGGAAAUCCAAUGUGGAAGAACCUUACUUUAACCAGCCUGAUCCUACAGUGACUAUUUCCAACAUUUCCAACAGUAAUCCAAUUCCUGUUUUGUUGUGUGUUUAGUUUUACAUGAAUGAUUUGACUUUGCCUUCAUCCACAGUCUCAAGACGCUGGAGGCGGAGGAGAGGUAUCGUGGCUUCCCGAGAGGGAAGAGGUAAACAUCAAGGAUCUAGACAAACACACCUCCAAUUUAAAUCAGCAGAUGAAAAUGGUCAAUGCCAAUUGCAGCAGUUCUUCAAUGCAUGCAAAGGAAUUCCUCAGGUAAUAUCCCCAGUAGCUGCUGAAAGCAUGGAUUUAGCUGAAUCUGAAACUGUAACAAGACUGCCUCAUAUUCAUACAAAUGUCUCAAAAAUGAAUAAUGAACCGGGGGUCAUUGGUGAAGCUAGCUCAAGCAACGACAGUGGGGACCAACAAUUCAAUCAUCAAAUCACAACAGUUGUGACAACUCUCCCAUCAGCCCCACCUAUGGACUACACAAUCAAAGAGGAUGAUCCAAUCCAUUAUCCCAAAAUCGAUGUCAGCCACAUUGAUUCAUCUAAAGAAGAGGUGGUGAAAGAAGAUUUGUCUUGUGUUAUAUGUUUGGAUGCCCCUAUUGAGGGAGCUUGUGUUCCAUGUGGUCACAUGGCAGGAUGCAUAUCUUGUUUGAAAGAGAUCAAAGCAAACAAGUGGGCUUGCCCAGUAUGUCGUGCUCAGAUCGACCAGGUUGUGAGGCUUUACUCCGUUUGAUAUGAUUGAAAACUGUUUAUUUGGGCCAUAAAUCUUAUAUACUCAAGUAUAUAUAUAGUUCACACUUCUCUUAAUUAUGUAUAAUGACAAAAGAGUAUAGUAGUGGUAAUACAAGUUGAAAGAUAUUGUACUAAAUAUUACUUUUUAGCUUCUAUUUUGUAGACUUUA